AUGGCCAAUCCUGAAGAAUCCAUUGAAGAACCAGCCCGCAAAAAAACUGCCGCCACGAAAAUUGUUUCCGUGGAAGAAGAAGAAGAAAGUGAUGAUUUGUCGGAUGCCUCGAUUGGCAUAAUACACGCAGGAAACACCUGCAAAUCGGGUUUGAAACAACAUUCCAAACGCACCGGCAAGAACGUUGAUGUUAAUCUAUCACAGGACUCAGAUGACAACAACAAACAAAGCCUCCAAACAAGGUUAGACUUGUUUCACCAAUCUCUCCUUUAG